AGGAGGAGGGGGAGGAGGAGGAGGGGGAGGAGGACCGCCGCUCCGCGCAGAUCUCACCGACUCGUCUCUUUCUCUCCGCGGGCGACAGGCAGCACAAACCCGGAGGGAUGGAGUCAGCGGGCGCGUACGGCGCCGGGAAGGCCGGCAGCGUCCCCUUCGAUCCGGUCGCCUUCUUCACGCAUCCCCGCACCAUCCUCAGGCUGCUGUCGUGGGUUUUCUCCAUGGUGGUGUUCAGCUGCAUUGUGAACGAGGGCUACAUCAACAUUGGCAGCGAGCGUCUGCUCUGCGUCUUCAACAACAACGCCGAUGCCUGUAACUAUGGCAUCACGGUGGGCGUGGCCUGCUUCCUCGGCAGCAUCUUUUUCCUCAUCCUGGACGUUUACUUUCCCUCCAUCAGCAGCAUCAGGGACAGAAGACGGGCUGUCCUGCUAGACCUCGUCUUCUCUGGUGUGGCCAGCUUCCUGUGGUUUGUCGGCUUCUGCUUCCUGGCCAAUCAGUGGCAGGCGACGUCUCCAGAAGAGCUGCCGUUGGCCCAGGGCUCGGACGCCGCCAGAGCCACGAUCGCUUUCUGUUUCUUCUCCAUCCUCACCUGGGCCGUUCUGACACUGAGCGCACUGCGACGCUUCUUAACCGGCAGCAACACAAACCUGUUCACCUGGCAGCACCUGGACCCCGCCCCCUGCAGCGCUCGCGCCACGCCGUACCCCAUCGCCAAUGGUGCCACCAUAGUAACCACCAACCCCUACCAGGCCCCGCCCUUCACCGAGACCCUGGACCCCCAGAAACUCACACAGCAAAGGCCCGUGGCCCCCGCUUUCUAGAGACAGACGGCGAGACACGAAGGAAGAGGAGAUGCGAGUGGAAACAGCGCUGCGCUGGGCACGGACGGCUUUCCCGCCUCGCUGCUCAGCGGGCUUUUCAUCCUCUCCUGGGAGUGGCAGGAUUUUUGGGUCAUGUGAUGUGUGAUCUUUUUUCACCAUGGCAACUGCUGGCUGAGCUUAGUUAGUUGUAACUCUCUCUGUGUCGAGAAUACUGUUUUCUAUUCAUGCACACACGCCGUUAUCGAUGCACGCGAACACAGCUGUACCCACUCACACCCCGGACGCGGACACACACCUGGAAACACAUGUACGUACACGCACCCAGAAGCACACACACACUCACUCAUGCAGCGGCUGCAUGUUCAUAUUGGUGAAGUGCAGAUUAGCGUAGAUGUAGAUCAGUGAGGACGCUCCACUUGCCUUAUUAACGGAUACUAGCUCUUUAGUGGAGGAGAUGUGGGGGGGAGGGAGAAGAAGCUGUGUUUAUCUGUUUCUGUUUGCCAACAGUCAGUCCGACCAAUCACGAGCUGACGCGCUGACAUGCGGCUUUCCAUUGGUUGAAAUUCAGACGCACAGAGGGGGGGGGGGCAGAACUUCCUGAAAAAUGCUACACAUUUCUUGGGAGGUAAAUAAAGGCAAGGCCGCUUAAUGCAUUCUGGAUGCUGUAGUGUUUCAAUGUGAAAUAUUUAUGUGAUUAAAUAUUUUAUUGUGAUCUGCUGAAGUGGCAUAAUGACAAAUGAAAAUAAAAUUUGAAAAAAAAGAAAAAAAAAAGAAAAAUAA